AUGCACAUUGAACCGGCCAAUUUACAUAUAUCUUGUGAGCAUGCCGGGCGUCCGGAAGAAAAAGCGUCCCGUUACACCGGGCGUCCCGGCACGCGAGGAUUGACAUUACAACAUGUGUUAAUUUAUCCGAGAUAUUUUUUAUCAUGGGGCGCGAUAAUCAGGGGCUUAGAGCUAAGCCAGGCAGAAACAACAAAAGUAACGAUUUUAAGACUUGAAGUAGCUACCGUACGCGCGUUCUCUAGCGUCGCGAGUUGGUAGCGGACCUUCUUUUCUUGAUACUUCUUACU